UUUUUACAAACAUGUAACAACAUGUAAAAUUGCAGAACUCUAUAAAAACAUAUGUAAAUGACAGGUAGUUUGUGAAUACAGAUUAGAAUUUAAGCAUUACAAAACACAUAACCUUAGCCUACAGAGUGAUUUUGAUUAUUUUUCGAGCUUGUGCUCAAUUCAUUACUUUAUAUUUUAUGUUGAAAUCGUAAAAAUGGACAUACUAGUUAAAGAUGAAAUGAACGAACGUGCGCUGGAGCACCUCAAAUAUGAACUGAACGGCGGACACUCCGACGACGAAGAUGAUUACAUGUCGACUAAUGAGGAGGUGAAACCUGAAAUUUUCGAUCACGAUUUAAGUUUCUCCUCACAAGAAAGUAAAGGUGAUAAAGAUGAAAAUUUGGAUUUGUCUAAUGAUAUCAUCUUACCGCAAAUUUCGACCGCGUCGGGCAGCCAGUCACCUGUUAAACCCAAAAAAGAAAUAAAGAGCAAAAAGGAACUUGAGGAAGAGGAGAGAGAAAAGAUGCAAGUUCUAGUGUCAAAUUUUACAGAAGAUCAACUUGAUAGAUACGAAAUGUACAGAAGAUCUGCAUUUCCAAAGGCGGCAAUUAAAAGAUUAAUGCAAACAAUUACAGGUUGUUCUGUAUCACAAAAUGUUGUCAUUGCAAUGGCUGGAAUUGCAAAAGUUUUUGUUGGGGAAGUUGUGGAAGAAGGCUUGGAUGUUAUGGAAGAAACAGGAGAUACUGGGCCAUUGCAACCAAAACAUUUAAGGGAAGCUGUCCGGAGACUGAGAAAUGUAGGAAUGAUUCCCAGCCGAAGGGAUUACAGGUCCCACUUUAGAUUAUAAAUUUUAUCAUUGUAUUAGGUUUAAGUUUAAACAAUAAUUAUUAAGUCAAAAUAAUUGUUUUUAUAUUUGAACUGCCAAUAAUUAAUAGUUACUGUAAAUAAAUAUUAUAUGUUAUGAUUAAAUAUUUUUCAGAAUUA